AUGGGGGACUAUGAGGCCAAACUCCAGGCUUCGGAUACUUCUCCUGCUCACCGCAAUAUUGCAUCGCUUUCCCAGGACUUUGUACUUCAGACUAUGUCUAAACUUAAGGCUCAGAUCGAGCUUAUAUCUUUGGGUCUUGACCGCCAUGAAACAUUUUUGCGCAAAAAGGUCCUGCUUUUCCAUGGUGUAGCUGAGAACAAGGAAGAACAAUUAAAUUCAGUAAUUGUGAAAUUGUUGCAUAACCAAUUGCAUUUAGCGGAAAUCCAUGAAAAACACUUACUGGCUUGUCACCGUUUGGGACCAUGGAGAUCCUCACAAAGUAAACCUAGAGCUGUGCUGGUUCGAUUUGGUGAUUUCGAACUUCGCCGAUCUGUCUGGGACAGUAAAACUGCGUUGAAGGGCUCUGGUAUCACCAUAUCUGAGUUUCUGACUAAGGCGAGGCACUCCACAUUUGUCGCAGCUCGUAAGCACUUCGGUGUUAAUCGGUGCUGGUCUACAGUGGGGAAAAUCAUGAUCGUUCUUCCUGAUAAGACCAAAACGAAAGUAGAGUCAAAAAAUCAGGAAAAGAAACAUUAA